GUCUCAUUUCCAAAAGUCACACCAAUCACCUUCAAUUCAUCAAUCACUUCGCUAUUAGCACUUACGAGAAAUUUGUUUUAUUACUUACAAAACUACAAAAAAAAAAAAAAGAGUCUUCUUGUUUAACACUAAAUUCUAAAUGGCGGUCUUCAAGAUUCUUGUAUUGUUGUUGAGUUUGUCUUGUUUCUGUCAAGCACAACUUUCUCCUACUUUCUACGACCAAACUUGUCCAAACGCUCUCUCAACCAUCCGAUCAUCAAUCCGAACCGCAAUCAGCCGUGAACGUAGGAUGGCUGCGUCUCUCAUCCGUCUCCAUUUCCACGACUGCUUCGUUAACGGUUGUGAUGCAUCGAUCAUGCUCGUGGCAACUCCUACUAUGGAGAGUGAAAGAGAUUCACUAGCAAAUUUUCAAUCGGCAAGAGGAUUCGAAGUUAUCGAUCAAGCCAAAUCCGCUGUGGAGAGUGUCUGUCCCGGCGUAGUUUCUUGCGCUGAUAUUAUUGCCGUUGCUGCCAGAGACGCUUCUGAAUACGUCGGAGGUCCAAGGUACGCAGUGAAGGUUGGUCGGAGAGAUUCCACCGCCGCGUUUAGAGCUAUUGCAGACAGCGGCGAUCUCCCCAGCUUCAGUGCAAGCCUCGACACACUCUCUGAUCUCUUUCUUCGAAAAGGACUCAACACGAGAGACCUCGUCGCUCUUUCAGGAGCUCACACCUUAGGGCAGGCUCAAUGCUCCACGUUCAGGGAUAGGCUUUACGACAACUCUAGUGACAUUGACGUAGGAUUCUCCAGCACACGUAAGCGUCGCUGUCCAGCAAACGGUGGAGAUACGACUCUAGCACCACUAGAUCAAGUGACACCAAAUUCGUUUGACAAUAACUACUACAGAAACUUGAUGCAAAAGAAAGGACUUUUGACAAGCGAUCAGGUAUUGUUCGGAACCGGAGCUUCAACAGACAGUAUCGUGACGGAGUACAGCAGAAACCCAUCUAGAUUCGCGUCUGACUUCGCAGCUGCAAUGAUCAAGAUGGGAGAUAUUCAGACACUCACCGGCUCAGAUGGACAAAUCCGAAGGAUCUGCUCUGCUGUUAAUUAAAAGAGUUACUAUUACUAGUCUUCUCCGAAAAAAGUUUCGAGACCAUUAAAAUUCAAAUUAUAUUACAUGUAUAUCCCAUUUGAUUCAUUAUUGUGGUAAUUGUGCGUAACUAAUUUCUGAAAUAAUUCGUUUGUUAUUUGAAAUUGAAAUAAUAAUAA